AUGUCACGGGUAAAAGAGAAACCGGUCGAGGCGGUGGCAGCGAAAGAGCCAGAAUAUAAAUGUAGUAUAUUUGGAUACUCCCCACCAUGGCUACACAAAUUCGCUGUUUUUCCUGUUUUUAUGACAAUCGUCUGUAUGAAUGCCCUCGUACAAGGAAUGCUCGUUAACGGAUUUAUCUCCAUUUCGAUACAAUCUUUGGAAAGAAGAUUUUCCCUCUCCUCAAAGCAAUCCAGUAUAUUUGCUGGAAGCUACGAUGUAGCCGUGGGUUUGACGUUGUUGCCACUUUCGUGGUUUGCUAAUAAAGUUAACAAAGUUCGAACGAUGGGCUGGGGAAUGAUGCUGGUUGGCUUCGGCACUUUGCUCCUGGUAAUCCCACAAUUUACCAGUGGCAUCUAUCGACCUGGGAGCAAAACUGGCGAAACCUGUGGAGCGCUGGCCGACCCAAAAGCUGUUUGCCCACCAGAGGAGAGCCAAGACUUUGCCUUUCCUCUAUUAUUGAUCGGCCAGCUCUUGAUCGGCUUUGGUGCAAGCCCACUUUUUACCUACGGAUACUCGACAAUCGACGAAUUUGACUCAACGACGAGAACUGGAGUUAAUAUGGCGUAUUACCUCGGUGUCUGUACCCUCGGGCCGGCUAUGGCCUUCCCGAUCGGCUCGCAACUUUUGAAGAUCUGGGGCGAUGUCGGGAGGACGAAGAGUACGGAUUUCGGUAUUGACGACUCCUCAGACCCAAGGUGGUACGGCGCUUGGUGGAUAACAUUUGCAGUGCUGGGAGUUUUGAGCUUUUUCACGGCAAUUCCACUGACGUUCUUCCCGAAAAAACUUAAUGAUACCGACAGACGGAAGGCCAACGACAAGCUACAACCUCACGCUGACCUCAACGUCGAUUUGUCUGGGGACAAGUGGGAGCUGUUGAGGAUGUUUAAGCUCUUCACCCUCAACCCAACCUGUAUGUGCAUCAUUGCCAUGCAAACGAUGGAAUCGCUGUUAAUGAACGGCUAUAUCACAUACAUCCCAAAAUUGCUCGAAAAUCUAUUUGGCCUCACAUCUGGAGGUUCUUCCAUGGCUACAGGUCUUAUCAUUGUCCCAAUGGGUGUGAUCGGCAAUUACCUGGGCGGUAAAAUUGGUGAGCGGGUGAAGAAUAAAGUGCCUGGAUUGCUAAAAUGGUGCCUCAUUUUCAUGCUGUUGAAUGUGUUAUGCUCGGCUUCACUAUUGUUGAGCUGCCCGAAAAAGGAGAUUGCCGGGCUGAAUACGCCCUACAAAUCCGGCGAAAGACUUUGGACCGAAGCCAACGAAGGCUUUAACAAAGCUGAGGGCAUCUGCAAUGGCCCGAGCGGCGAAAACUGCCAAUGCAGCCGCAUGAUGUUCAACCCGGUGUGCCACGAAAAGAGCCAGAUCACCUACCUAUCCCCCUGUCAUGCUGGUUGCCACCAAGAAGCGAAACUCGGAUUUAAUGGAACUAAGCUGUUCUGGUCCGGAUGCUCGUGCUCUGCUCAACAUGAAAAGGCCGCUACGCUGGAUGUUGUGACGAAAGGGUGGUGUGAUAGCGAUUGCAACCUGACCAUGUACACCUUCUUCGCCCUCGGUCCGUUGAUCCAGAGCGCGGCGCUAAAAGUCGUCUCUUUCUCUCAUCGCGAUGCCUUCAUUUGUUAUGGGUGGAUGUGGAUGCGAUUUUGCGGCUCUGUUCCUGGUGUCUAUCUCUUUGGAGCGACAAUCGAUAAGACCUGCCUCUACUGGAAGGCCAGCUGCAGCGAUUUGAGUCGGGAUUCUGAGGGCAGCUGUGCCGUGUAUGACGUUGAGAAGCUACGGAUGUAUCUGUUUGCGUUAACAAUCAUCGUGAAAGUUGGAUGCGCUCUGGCUGUGGCCGUCGGAAGAUACUGCUUCAAGGCAGAGCCAGACGAGCAGAAGGAGAAAAAGCCCCUAGAACUGUCCAGCAACCAUCGCGUGGCUCCAGAAGAUUCC